AUGCAAGCUUCUGCAAAUCUCCUUCUCCACACCCAGCUCAAAACGACGGCGUUGAGCACCGUCACCAGCAGCCAUCCGCCCCCAAAUCCCCUCCUCCCUCAGCCCCGGCAGAGGACUAACACAGUCAAAAUCGGAAGGCCCAAAAUCCGAUCGGCGAGCAGAGCCUCCUGGCAAGACGAUUGCCCGAUCGCCGCGGAUUUCAACCUGUACGAGCUUCUCGGGGUGGAAGCGUCGUCGGACAAGGCUCGGAUUAAGGAGGCGUACCGGGCUCUGCAGAAGCGGUGCCACCCGGACAUCGCCGGCCCGACGGGCCACGACAUGGCCAUCGUUCUCAACGAAGCCUACGCCCUCCUCUCGGACCCGAACUCUCGCAUGGCUUAUGAUAAGGAACUAGCAAAAGUUGCAGACUUUCAAGGGUACACGGGAAGGCCUAUAUAUUCCGUGUGGUUAGGUUCCGAGAGCGAGCAGAGGGCCGUUUUCGUGGAUGAGGUCAAGUGUGUAGGUUGCUUGAAAUGUGCAUUAUUUGCCGAUAAAACUUUUGCUAUUGAAUCGGUAUAUGGCCGAGCACGAGUGGUGGCUCAAUGGGCCGAUCCCGAAUACAAAAUUCAAGAGGCUAUUGGCACUUGCCCGGUCGAUUGCAUCUCGAUUGUGGAAAGAGACAACUUGGCUGCCCUUGAAUUCAUAAUGUCUAAGCAGCCGCGUGGAAAGGUCAGGAUCGGUGUCGGGAAUACAGUAGGUGCAAGGACCUCGGAUAUUUUCGACGAGGUCGAGAAAUUCCAGGCUAGAUAUGCUCAGCAUAAAACUACUACUACAGAUUAUUCCAAGAGUCGGGAGACUGAACGAGCAUCGAGGGCAUCGGCCAUUCAAGCCAUUCAGAUGAUAUCAAACUGGUUGUACUGGCAAUCUCCCAUUGCAGAUGCCAGCACACCUCCAGCUGUCCAGAAUUCCCAAUCGAGCCCAAGAAAACAUGUCGGGCCCUCUGUGAAGAAGCUGAAAGCUGCAGCAGCAGCUAGAAAACAAGCAACCACCACACUGCACAAACAAAUGGCAGACGAGUACUGGGAGCCCACGGUACUUGCACUUCCAGAUGCAGCCGCACCAGAUUUCAGCUCCAAACCUGUAUUCGGGCCGGCCCAAACUAGAAAAAUAAGCCCAUCAAUUCAUAAUUUCAAGCCCUUGGGCCCUGAGGAAAGUUCAGGCAACCCUUUACGCUCGGUUUUGCCACUAGGAAUGGCUGUCGUGGCUGCUGGGUAUGUUCGGUUAGAGCUUGUGGAGCCGGCGAGUGGUCUGAAGGACCACAUUGGCGGCUCAUUAGCAGUAGCCAUUGUUAAUAGCUCGUGGAUGCAGGUUGUUUUGGCGGGUUUUACCUGGUACCUUAUUGGUAUUUAUGCAGUUGAAUUAAUGUUGGCUUUCAGGAGAAAAUGA